CGACGUCACUCUCGACGUCUAUCGGCUUCUCUCAGCUGCACCGAAAGUUUCACCUUCAGAUGAACUCUACGGCUCAUUUCAUUGGUUAUGAAGCGUCGGAAGGUGAAUUUAAACGAUUUCAAGUGUGAGAUCUGACUGUGAAUACUGUUUGAACGCUUUCAACAAGCGUUGAACGGUGAAGGAAUAAAGAUGAGUGAUAAAGGAGAGUACAGAAAGUGCAUAUCGAAGGAACAGUGCGUCAUCGGACGAUGACGUUUUCAAUUCGAGACAUCGAUCGCGCGAGAUCGAGAUAUCACUAUGGUUUAUUCAAUUGUUUCAUCCUUGUGAUGUCUAUUUUUCCAUAACGAUGAUUCACGGGGCACGUUUAAUUUGAGGUGAUUGUCUUGUCGGAGAGAGAAUAAUUGAUAAUAGGAUAACUGGAAGCAAAAGAUGCAUAGUUAUCGUGAGGCACCAAGUAAGGAGAUUCAUGUAGAUUUUGGAGAAGUGCAGACAGAUGCCGUAGCUGUGAAAUGGAUAAAGAUAGUCAACGAGAGUUGGGUAGAGCGAGUAUACGAAGCCCGAAGGGACACCGACACUAAUCCUUUGGACCAUGUGUUCGAAUUGAGCAGUUAUUCGUGGACUUUGCCUCCCGGCAAAGUAUACAAAUGCAAGAUAUAUUACCGGCCGUUCGUACCGUCCUCUGUAAACUUGGAUUACUUUACGAUUGUGGAUUCUAAUCACAGCCAUGUGGAAAUUAAAGUUCGUGGCAUAUGCAUCGGACCGGUAGUCUCGAUCUCGACGACAAAAUUAGCCAUGAUGUGCACAUGCGAAGGCGCCGAGGCGAAGAAGCGCAUCAGGCUCGUUAACAAUUCUGAAACCGUGGCGACUUUCAUGUUCGAUAUCGAUCAAGUACAAAGGUCAUUCACGGUAGACACGACGCACGGAUAUAUCAAGCCGCAUUCCCGUACAUAUGUAACGAUCACUUUCGCGCCUCGGCGAAAAGGAACUUACGCAUGCCGCCUACCGUGCUUAAUUUUGCAUCAUAAACCGAUUAUUGUAGAGCUGUAUGGCUACUGCGGCGCGGCAUUACGUAAAGCAGAUGUUCAAGAACACUUUAAUUGCCUCGCGAGAUUAAAAAAUGACUUCGAAGGAUACAUGAGCGAUAUUAUUGUCAUCACGCAAGAUCUACCUGCAAUAUCUUUGUCCAAGAACUAUAUCGACUUCGGUCAAAUUGAUGUGACGGCGAAAAAUGUCGCGCAGAGGAUUCCGGAAACCUUAUGCCUCACUAAUCACAGCCGAUCCGACAUAUUGAUCAAAUGGAACCAAGAUGUUGAGGACAUUUUCCGCGUGACACCUGGUACCGUAGAAGUGCCGGCGAACCGGACGGCUCUGUUCGAAAUCGUAUUCGAUCCCAACGGGAGAGGUAAUAAUUUAUUCGCGUCAGAACUCGUCGGCUACGUUUUCCCGGUGCAACGAGGAGACAGUUAUCACAAGGAGACAUUUGCAUUCCCCGCUACAACGUCCGUGCGAUUGAUCGGUCGCUCCUUUCCUGCUUAUUCCGACAGUUGGAUUCCUCAGUACGAAGUACCGCACAUAGUGAAAAUGCCUCCCUGUUUACCCUCGCUUCCGGUCUACACCACGUUCGCGAUCAAGAGAUUCGGCCGUCUGCCGUUGAUGUACCGUUUCAUACCACCGGAAUCGAGCCACUUUUUCGUGAAACCGAUGAUGGGGAUAAUUUAUCAAGAUUAUCAGAUCAUUGUGGUCGGGAUGUUGCCCGAAAGCGACAACGAGCGCGUUUACGUGGAGCGUUGGGCAAUUCGUUUCAAUGGAAACGGUAGAUCGGAGUGCUUCAUCGAUUUUCGGGGGUUUGCGGAACAGGCCAAAAUAGCUCUCGGCGAUCGGAACACCCUGAGAUUCGCGCCGUGUUUCCCCGGCUGCCGAUCGCUGCAGCGAUUCUCCAUGCGAAAUGUCACUCGUCACGCGAUAAAAUAUGAAUUUGUUAAUUUGACGCCCGAGCUUCGAAUUUCAAACGUGAAUGGAGAAAUUCACUCGAAUGACACUCUCACUCACGAGUGGGAAUUUUGCCCCACAGUAAUCGGAAGUUAUUAUUUCGACGUGAACUGCAUUUUAACCGUACUGAAGGACGAAAUUCCCGUCGGUACGAGAGUUUCCGUGGCGUCGCGCGUGAUAGGAAGAUGCGAAGUCGGCUUUCUCGAAUCGGUGCCCGACGAAUUGAAUUUCGGAAUUCAAGCGUACAAAGCCACGAAGGAAUUGAGCUUCCUCGUGCGCAACUCGAGUCCUGUGACAGUCUUUUACGAGAUGACGUGCAGCCAUUGCAAUUUGCCGGUCGGGAACGUGGAACAGGAUGUAAAAAUACAUCCGUCUACGGGUGCCGUUCUCGCUGGACAAAGUGAAACCAUCGUCGUCUCUGUCACACCUACUAAGCCUGGCUACUAUUACGAGCUGUUUGUUCAAUAUUCCGCGAGGAUAAGUCUCCGCACAAACGUUCUAAUUCCGAAUCAGAUGCCAAGAACUAUCUGUAAGCUGAGUUGUUUGUGCGUAUUGCCCACUUUAAAGGUGAAGGACCUACAGUAUUACGGACCGUGUCCGGAUGCGUUUAAAACUUCUUUCUGGAAGCUUAUGAAGAUAAACGCGCUUAACAAGUUGUUUGAACACUUACAACCCGGAACGUCGGAGACGCUGCGUGUAAACUUCCCGGCGAUGGUUCUGCAGGAGCCUGCCGUCGCUGUGAAGCUGCUCCUGACGAACGUUAACGCAGUGACCGCUUCUUGGAAUAUCAAAAGAUUGCGACUGUGUUGUUCUUGUCGACCCGUCGUAAAGACUAAGACGCUCCCACUUCCACGCGCGCAGCGCGAUUGCUUACACAGGAAAGUGUGCUCUAUGCAGCCGCGAACGGAAAAUCUCCAACCAGGGAAGGACGCUUGGAUAUAUCUGGAACUACGUUACGUAAUGCUGGGAAAAACUGACGCGAAAUAGCACGUAUAUCUCGGGAAUGACCGUCAUAUUUUUUUAAUUAUGACGGUCGAAAAUCUAUCCAGGUCUGCAAAUAAACUCCACCUUCUGAACGGCACACAUUUUAUGUCUCGGGAGAUCUACUUAGGCGACAAGAACCCUCUAUCAGGUUGUCGCUCGCGAUUAAAUGUAAUUAACAACUCGACAGCUUGACAAUUUACACAAAUAAAAAAUUCCUGCCGAGAGUCCCGGUGGCUUGUGUAAACAAAUGACAGUAGUUUUACACUCCGUGGAACGAUAGACUUUGGAGAAACCAACAUUAUGUGUGUGAAUAUAUUUAUUGAAAGGAGCGAAUUGUGAGAUAUUAUGCGAAAUUUUGGAGACGCUAAAUAUAUAUUGUGUGACACGGGCAUUCCUGAAGAAUCUUUUCAU